UCUCUUCCUCAGCCCUUCAUCACUCCUUGACAUUCUCUCUGCUACUCUCUUAACAUGUCCUCACCUCUCUCCAAAACCCUAAUUCCAAUUCCUCUCAAUGGCACAGCCCAUCAGCCUCAAAUCUCACUCCAUGCAUUCCCAGUUCACACCAAAGUUCAUCCCCAAAUUGGCCUCAACUCUUCACUCUGUUCACAGCAACACCAUCUCGUUCAAGGUUCUCUCUUCUCAGGCUGGAGAUUCAAGCCCCCAAAAGCUCCCUGCAAUCAUCUCGAUCCUCCGCAUGAUACCCGACUGGGCCGAUGCCUUGAAAGAGCAAGGGAUGCAGCGCAAACGAACUCUCUACAACCACGAGGACUGGCUCCAACACCGGAGCUCGCAGCGCCACGUCCGGCACUUGCUCUCGAGUUUGUCCUCGCGAGUGAUCCUCUCACUGAUACCUCCGGUGACAGCUUUCACUCUGGUAGCAGUUAUGAUCGCGAGUUAUAAUACCGCUGUGCUGAUGGAGUGGUUGCCGGAGUUUUUCCCGGUGCUGAGGACGUCGUCGUUGCCGUACCAGCUGACAGCACCAGCGCUGGCACUCCUGCUGGUGUUUAGGACGGAGGCUUCGUAUUCAAGGUUCCAGGAAGGGAGGCAGAUUUGGGUGAAGGUGAUUGCAGGGGUUGAUGAUUUUGCGAGGCAGGUGAUCAGUACGGUGGAGAGCAACGAAGAUUCGGCGCUGAAGAAGGUGCUUCUGGAGUAUAUCAUGGCGUUUCCCGUUGCACUUAAGUGUCAUGUGACUUAUGGCUCGGAUAUUGGUCAAGACCUAAGAAACCGAAUUGAGGGGGAUGAUCUAGCUAUGAUUCUCGAGUCAAAGCACCGGCCACGGUGCAUUAUUGAGUUCAUUUCCCAAAGCCUCAGAUUGUUGAAUUUGGAGGAGUCGAAGAGAAAUGUCCUGGAGUCAAAUUUAUCUUGCUUCCAUGAAGGAAUCAGCACCUGCGAGCAACUAAUUGGCAUUCCAAUCCCUCUCUCCUACACCCGUUUGACCUCGAGGUUUCUGGUCCUUUGGCAUCUGACUCUUCCUGUCAUUCUUUGGGAUGACUGCCACUGGAUUGUUGUUCCGGCCACUUUCAUCAGCGCUGCUUCCUUGUUCUGCAUCGAAGAAGUUGGUGUUCUUAUUGAAGAGCCAUUUCCAAUGUUAGCGCUUGAUGAGCUCUGCAAUCUAGUCCGCCAAAACAUUCAGGAAGCAAUCUGUACCGAGAAAGCUAUUGGCAAGCAUCUUCUUGCAAAGAGGAAGAGCCCCAUACAUGAGCAAUCACCUAAUGGUAGGCCAAAGCACAAAACUGAAAGGAGAAACAGGUCAUGACAUUUUAGAGAACGUAUAGUUCGUCAAAGUUGCCAUUACCUUGCCACUGGCAUAUAAACGAUCAGCAUGAUUCCGGUAUCCAGAUAUGCACUUAUACUAUUGUCGUGAAGGAAGACAUAAAGCUGUUAUGAUGGAAUCUAGGGUACUUCAGCAGUCGCCCGUCUUGGCACCAUGUUGUAUAUAUGCUGUUCACUCACUGAUGGGGGAUCAUGUUCUACAUGACCGCACAUUAACACGCCAUUGAUUCUCCACGUGAAUGGCGUCCAAGUCACCAGCAUCAGGUCAAGGAUCACUAAUUAACAAAUUUCUGCUACAAAACGAAUUCGGCACGAGACACAGCAAAGGAUCUUUCUAUUCCCUUAGCAUUAAGUAGUACCUGAAGAACAUUGUCGUCGUGUCCAGAGAUAUUGUACUUAUACUUGGAAUCAGAAGCAAAAUUCUACUUUAGCCUAUGAAAACUUGCUCCUGUUGAGCUUCUCUUGAGGGACGGUAGUAGAGAUUCGCUUUCGUUAAAUUAUUCAGCAAUGAAAUGUGAUCAAUAUUGUUAUUGGUGGC